UGUGUGUAUUAUAUUGUUUAAAUGUUAUUAUUAUUUAGUUUGAAUAUACCGACGACAACAAAAAUAAUAUCCAACAAAACGUGAAACAUAAAUUACGUUCGAUAUAGCCAUCACCUAUCAUAAAAAAAAUAAUCUCAACGAUAAAAAUCUAAUUUCCUAUGUCAUGUUCACAAAUAUAUCAUAAAUAAACUGUUCAUAUGGCCAUAAUCAACGAUCAUAUAAUCAAUUCAUCAUUUUGUAAAAUUGAUAAUUUUCAACUGAAUAUACAAGUGUGUUAUUGAAUAUGAAAGUUUUCAUCAAUUUUGGUGAUGUUCGUUGUGUUGUACCGGUUGGUGAUGGCUCAUUGACUGUUUCUGAAGUCAUUUUAUUGGCAAUUGAACGUUAUCGUAAAGCUACCUCAAAGCCAUCAUCAUCAUCAUCAUCAUCGACAUCGUCAUCAACAUCAAAUAGUCAAAUCAUUGUACAUACAUUGAAAACAUGUCGCGAUGGAGCCAUUCUUGAUCCGGAUGAUCGACUAAACGAUGUGGCCGAUGAUCGUGAACAGUUGAUUGCCGUGUUCGACGAAUAUCAGCAGCAUCCUCUUAAUCAUAAAAACAACGACGAAUCACCAUCAUCAAGAUUGAGCUGUCAAGAUCAACAUAACGAUCCGAAUUUAGCCGAAAAUAUGAAAAUGGCUCCAUCAAUUCAAAAUCGACAAUCAAUCGGAUCAUCAUCAUCAUCAACAACAUCAUCGGCAAAAUCGAAUUCAACAGCCAACUAUUUUCUAAUAAGCCAACAGCAACAAAUUUCGAAUCAUAAAAUAUCGACUAUUUAUGGCCAUAGCAUCAGUAAUAAACCACCGUUACCACCACAGCAUUACCAUAGUAACAGUAUGUCGGAUUCGUUACUAGGUAAUGAUCCGAUAUUAAUUAGACGACAACAAAAACAUCCAAAUGAGUCAUCAUUUUUACCUCAUAACCGAUUAUCAUCUCCUUCAUCAUCAUUAUAUCAUAAGCAUUCAAGAUCAACAAUGGAUAAUAAACCACCAGCGGUUCAUUGUACGACGAAUAAUAACAAGACGACCGUUACAGAUUGUUGCCUCGAUGAAGCGGUAGUCAUGGCUACCGAUGAUGAUUCCUGUUCGAAUUUAUCUAUAUCCGAUGAUCCAUUGGAUGUAGAAAUAACCGUAGAUGAUUCAUCGAUCAAUACAUAUUCUGCCAAUAUUCCCGCAAUGCUACAUGUAAGACAUGGUAGUGAACCAAAUCUGAAUCGUAGUUUUGUCCAUAAUUCAGAUGAUAUGAUCAUGGACAGUAAUGAUCAUUCACAUCAUCAUAGACGACAUACAUCGAACGUUGUUGCCGUUAUAGUUGAUGAUGAUAAUGAUGAUCAAAUGGACGCCAUAAAAAUGAAUGAUCUCGAACAAUCUAAUUAUCAUCAUCAUCAUCAUCAGUACAAAGCAACAAGUAAACGUUGGUCAACUGCUAUAGCAAUUGGUGAUAAAACCAUUGGAUCAGCAACAACCAAAUCAACAAUCAAACCAUCAUCUCAUCAUCAUCAUAUGGUCUCGAAUUAUGAACACUCCGAUGAAGACAAGUCUUUCAGUCAUUCAAUCUCACCGCAAAGUACCAAAGAGGAAGGCUAUGCUAGUGAAGAACAAUCGGCCAAUUCUCAAUCUGAUCCACCACCUCCGUCUCAUCAUCAUCACCAUGAGCAUAGUUCAUCUACAUCGCCUUCCGGUUUGAACAGUCCGACAAUGUUUCAGCAGCAACAAUCAAAUUUCGCUCGUGGAUCUGGCCGGCUAUCUAUGCUGGCACAAAAUAUGGAUCAAUGGGCCGAUGCAGCCGAUCGUCAAUUAAUUAAAUUACAGAAUAGUUCACACGAUACCAGCAACACUAAAAAUCAUCAGCCAUCUUCAUCCUCAUCUGUCAGUCACACUCAUCAUUCACAACAAUAUGCCAAACUUCUUCAGUCGCAACAAUUAUGUGACAGUUCAUUAGGAUCAAUGGGAUCGAAUUCAUCACAAGAGAAUGAUCAUCCGACUAUAGUGGAUAAGCAACAACAAGCUAAUCGUAUGACUGUGAUAAUAGAUUUGACCAAACAAUCAGGACCAUUAGGCAUUCAUGUUUUGCCUGAUUCCAGUGAUGGUUCCAGUUCUCGACUGAAACGUGGCCUUGAAAUACAAAGUAUAGAACCCGGUAGCCGUAUCGAUCGUGAUGGUCGAUUGAAUAUGGGUGAUAUAAUCAUAGAAAUCGAUGGCCAUCCAUUUGCCGGAUUGGAAUUUGAACGAGCACAAGAACUUUUUCGAUCGGCAUUACAUGCCAACAACCAGAUUCAGUUGUCAAUAAUAAAAUCCCAAGUUUACUGUGAUAAUUCAAAAAAUCAACAAACUGAACAGCGACUUCAUCAACGAUUUGCGACGAAUAAUGACAAUGAUGCCGAUUCUAAGCAUCCUUCUGAUACAUCAAAAGAAUCCGAGUCGAACAUGUUAUUUGUUGAAGGUGAAGAACGAUUCGGACCAAUGACAAAAUUAGCAACUGUAACAGCCACGAAAAAACAUUCACCACAAGCUGUAACAACAUUGAUCGGAUAUAAACCUGCGGCAUCGGCGAUUGUUAUCGCAAAUACAAGAAGAAUCGGUAAAAAGUAUCAUAUUCAAUUGAAAAAAGGCGAAUAUGGUCUCGGAUUUACAAUCACUACCCGAGAUAAUCCUGCCGGUGGACUUAGCCCAAUCUAUAUAAAAACCAUUUUGCCACGUGGUGCAGCCGUACAAGAUGGACGCCUUAAACCUGGCGAUCGAUUGCUAGAAGUUUGUGGCAUUGAAAUGACGGGCAAAUCACAAGAAGAAGCAGUAAAAAUUCUAAGGAAUCUUCCUUCAGAUUCUAUUGUUGAUCUAAUCGUCUCCCGGCAAGAGGUUGAAGUAUCACCUAGUCCUUUAAUGCCACGUCAAUUACCUCCCGAAGCAGAAAAUGAACCAAAUUGUUCAUCUAUCAAAACGGAACGUGAAGUGAUGACAUUCCAAAUACUUUUAAAUGAUACUGGUUCAGCUGGAUUGGGCAUCUCAGUCAAAGGUAAAACAUUAACUGCUGAUGGCCGACAACAGGAUUCGGGAAUAUUUAUCAAAUCAGUAUUGCAUGGCGGUGCCGCAUCAAAAGAUGGCCGUCUCAAACAGGAUGAUCAAUUAAUCAAUAUUAAUGGCAUUCCAUUAUCUGGAAAAACCAAUAGCGAAGCUAUGGAAACAUUGACAAGAGCAACGAUAAAAUCGGCUCAUCAGAUCACAUUGACCAUUGCACGGCGUGUAUGUCAUUCUCCAUCACAUCAAGUUUGUGCAUUGGAUUCUGGUGAUCAAUCAUCAUCUGCACACUACCCACGACAUCAGCAUGAAUCAUCCAUUCUGAGCAAUGAUUCGUAUGACAUGUCUUUCAUUCAUCCAAAUCAAACAUCGAUUGGUGACCAAUCUCGAAACUAUGAUGGCAAUUAUUCACAUGAAGAUAGUUUUCGAUCUUCGGGCGAGAACACUGUCAUCUACAGUAAAAAGUCCUCAAUUGAAAUGGAUGGACCAAAUCAAGCCAUUCAAAGAUCGAGCGAUUCCAAUACUCCUGUUUCUGCUCAACCACCACCAUCAUUAAACGAUAGUGAAUUAUCAUUAAAUGAUUCAACCGGUGUUGAACAAUCAUCAAUAUCAGCAGCUGAACGAUUCCGUCGUGAUGGUUUCGGUAGGCAAAGUAUGUCGGAAAAACGUCAUGCACAAUUAGAUGCCAAAACUACCGAUACAUAUCGAAGGAGUAAAAAGGCUAAAGAACAUCCAGCUUCUAGUAGUAAUCAAAAUCAACAGAAUAGAACGAUCGAUCAUGAAAAGAAUCUGGAUGAUCAAACUAUUAAUAAAGAAAAUAUCGAUAUUCAAACUCCAAUAUCAAGUUCAUCUGCAAACAAAAAGAUCAAAUCACCAAGUUCUAAAAAUCAAAUCCUCUUUUCUCCAGUUUGUUGUUGGAAAUGUCAAUCACCUGGAUCAUGUCCAUGUCGCAGUAAAGGUGAAUUAUCACCGGCGGAUAUUUACCGUAUGAAUGGAUCUCAUUCAUUACAAAAUGCACGUGUAAUAUCUGGUCAUCAACAACUCUUACAUCAAAUGGUCCAUAACAAUGGUGUGAAUGGUAGCGGGCCAGCUUUGAGAAAAUCGUGCAGCUUGGAAUCAUUGCAGAUAAUGAUGCAAGAUUUACAAAAAGAACAAUUACAAGAGCAAGUCAGUGGUAGUGGCAAUGUUCCAACUAGUCCCCCAACUACUAGCCGUGGUUAUAUUGACCAUCGUCAUCAACGAAGCGGCAGUCAUUACACCAGUGGUGGUCCAAUUCGCAUGAGUAAAAACUAUCCAAGUGAAAGCUUCCGUGCUGCAGUGGAUAGAUCUUACGACAUUAAAAAUUAUUCAAAUACGACCAAUAUUCAAUCAGUUUCAGAAGAAAAUGAUGCCGACGAUAGUAUUAGCCGACCAUCAACGUGUCCAUAUCGUGUUGGCGGUGGCCAUUCAAUGGCUAGCACUAAUUUUACAACGGAAACCGCCUUGACAAUGCAAACAACGACGACAAAUACAGAUGAUCAAGCUCAUCUUUUGAAAUCAACUACUUCAUCGGCAAAGAAAAAGAAAAAUUCCAUAUUCAAAAGUCUGUUUCAUUUCGGAUCGAAAAAAGGUCGAUCUAAAUCAAUGGAUCCGGGAAAAAAUUCCAUCAACAACAAAAAUAAUAAUAGUCCUGAAUCAUCGACGAUUUGCUCGGCAUCACAAAGUGAAGAAAUGAAACACUUUAGUCCAAAUUAUAGACAUAAAUAUCAACAGGAACAGGAACGAAUUAAUGCCCAAUACCGAAAACUAUUGGAAGAACAAAAACAACGACAACUUCAACAACAACAACAGCAACGUCAUUCAGGAUUUGUUAGAAAUCAAUUACAUCCGAUGCAUCAAUCGAUGCCUUUAUCGAGUUCAUAUCGAUCUAAAUCUGGUGUUUCACCUCGUAACCAACAACAACAACAACAACAAACAUCUGAACCUCCUCAAGUAUAUGAUGUUAUGAAUACUGUGGGUGUUCCUCAUGUUCAAAGCAAAUCCAGUGAUAGUAAUAACGUUAAACCUAUGAAUGCCUAUAUACGAUCGCAUCAUCGAAUACAUCCACAAGAAAGUUCAGCCAUGUUCAAUGAUAAUAAUGCUAAACAAACAUCAGAAAAUCCGAGACAUAUGAGAAUUAAUUCACAAGAAUUUUAUGUUCGUCAAUCAAUGGACAGACCUACUAGUCGUGUGACAGUUCCUGAAAAUAUCAAUUAUGGAACAUAUGGAAUGAUAAACAAUUGUAAUGCUCAACGCCUUUAUGGUACUGCUAAUAGAUUGUCGGUUGAUCCAGAAAGGACCUCAUAUCCUCAACAACAUCAACACCAUUAUAGACAAUUAUCAUUACGAAAUCCGCAACAUCAUCGACAGAUUUCCUCAUCAUCGGCAGCAGCAGCAGCUGUUAAUCAAAACUUUUACCAUCCACAACAACAGCCAAGAGGAAAUCAUUACGGUUAUGAACAACAACAACAACAAUCACAAUUACCGGCCCGUGAUCAAAGAAGCUACACUAUUAAUUCAAGAUCAUAUCCGGUCAAUCCUUAUGGUCAGCUUGUCGGUACUUCUAAAUCUCCUAAUAAUGAAACCACAUAUGGCAUUGUAGGCCAACAUCAUCACCAACAGCAACGUACAAUACCUUCUAAUCUAACGGGAUUAUCUACGCCACAACAACAUGCACAGACAUCACAUUCAAACAUGAACAUUGUUCGCCAACAGCAACCCAUUUAUCAUUCGAAUCAGGUACAGAUCUAUGGUACCAUUUAUAAUAAUCAAGCACAAUCAAAUGAAUGGCAACCAUCACAACAGCAGCUUUAUGCAAUGUCAACUAAAUUAAAUUAUGCUCCAUUAAGCGGUUUGCCACCUUCCCAUUAAUCCUAAGUAGACAGACUUUUUCACGUUUGUCUACCACAUAAUAAUCAAUAAUUCCAAAAACAAGACUUGAACCAAAAAAAAAAAAAAUCUUUUUCAAACUCAACUCUAUCUCUUGUUCAAAUAUCUACGUUUUGUAUAUUGAAUACUUGUAAAUGUUUGUGCUUAUUGGAUUUUGUUAACGAAUCGUAAUUUUUUCAUCUGUAAUAUUAUUAUUUUUAUUAAAUUA